CUGAAGUGCGUCGUUGAUUUGAACGAAGCCCUUGCCAAACAGAUCGCUGAGGAGCUUGACACGGAGUGGACACCGAAUCUGGAUGAUAUCUUGGGACGGAGCGAUAUCGACUGCGUGAUGGUGAUGACGCCAAGCGGGACCCACGCAGCACUCGGCAUCCGCGUAGCACAGGCGGGAAAGCAUGUGAUUACUACCAAGCCGAUGGACGUUUCGACCGAAGCCUGCGAUCGCCUCAUCGCCGCCUGUGACGAGGCUGGUGUCAAGCUAGCUGUCGAUUAUCAGAGCCGCUAUGUGGACACCAACUAUCGCGUCGCGGAAGCCCUUCGGCGUGGGUGGCUCGGUAAGCCUAUUCUGGGCGAGGUCCGCUUCAAGUGGUUCAGAGCCGACGAGUAUUUUGAGCGGAGCGGGGGCUGGCGCGGAACAUGGGAAAUGGAUGGUGGCGGAUCUUUGGCGAAUCAGGGGGCGCAUCUGCUAGAUCUUAUCUCUUGGUUCAUGGGCGAUUUUGAAUCGGUCUACGGCGAGAUGGCAAUUAUGAAUCACGACAUUGAAACUGAGGACAUCGGGCUUGCAAUCGUGAACUUUAAGAGCGGUGCCAAAGGGGUCGUUGUUGGGACAACAACCUUUCCGACAAGCGUCUAUUUCAGUGCUGAAGUACACGGAACUGAAGGCGGGAUUUUGGUUGACGAUGUGCUUGGCGGGAAGAUGCGUGUCUUCGGUGAAGGGUUGGAGGAACGCCUCCAACAGAUUGAAAAUCCUAUUCACAGCAUCAUCGAAGAUUUUGUUCAGGCUUUUGAGGAAGGUGGAGAUCUGAGAGUUGAUGGCAAAGAAGGGCGUCGAACCGUUGCACUGUUGGAGAAAAUCUACCAAUCAGCCAGAGAGGGAAAAGUCCUUAGUGUCUGA